AGAUCUACGCCGGCGGUGUCAGGGCGUGCGGCAAUGCGAGGAAUCUCUCCGAGGCGCGGCGGCUCCACGCCGAGAUCGCCCGUUGUGAGCGAUUGCGGUGCACGUAUCUCCUCAAUCUGGUCGUGGAGAUGUAUGGCAAGUGCGGCGCCGUGGAGGAGGCGCGCUCGGCCUUCGAUUCGAUGCCGCUGCCCAACGAUUUCUCCUGGAACAUCCUCAUCGCGGCGUACGCGAAGAAUGGAUUCCUGGCACAGGCGAGGGUUUUGCUGGACCAGAUGCCCUGCCACUGCCUGGUAUCGCGAUGCUCGAUGAUCUCGGCCUACGCGCAGCACGGCCUCGUCGCGGCGGCGGAGGAGAUCUUCACCAGCACGCGCGGCCGCGACGUCAUCUGCUGGACGGGAUUGCUCGAGGGCUUCUCGCUGGCCGGGAAUUUUGAUCGCGCCAGGGCUCUCUUCGAGGCAAUGCCGCAGCAAAAUCUGGUGGGCUGGGUGGUGAUGAUGUCCGGCUAUGCGCAGCGCGGGCAGCACGAUCGAGCAAAGGAGAUCUUCGACUGGGCACCGAGCCGGGACGCGACGCUGUGGAACGUGAUGAUCUCCUCUUACACCCAGAGCCCGGGCGAGCUCCUCCAAGAGGCCAGGCUAUGCGGAGGGUGGACUGGCGGACGACGCGAUUGAUCUCUUUCGCCGCAUUCCCGAGCGGAGCGUGAGGAGCCGGACGAGCAUCCUCUCGGCGUAUGCCCAGUCCGGGAGUCUCCGUGAGGCGAAAGAGAUGUUUGAUGGGAUCUCGGAGCUCGACGUGGUAGCGUGGAACGUCAUGGCCGGGGCGUAUGCCCAAGCCGGGCAUAUCGCGACUGCCAAGCUCAUGUUCGAUCGCAUCCCCAAAAGGAACUCCAUCUCCUGGUACGUCUUGCUCUCGGCUUUCUCUCACGCCGGCAUGGUGGGCGAAUCGCAGGGGCUCUUUGCCACGAUGCCGGAGAGGGAUUCGCUCGCGUGGAGCAACUUGCUCCUGGUUUACUGCCAAGCCGGAGACCUCUCCAUGAGCAAGGAAGCAUUUGCGAGAAUGCCACAGCGAGAAGUUUUCUCCUGGAACCUGAUGGUCCGCUCGUACGCCCAGGCCGGAUUCAUGGACGAGGCAACCGACGCGUUCAAUCGAAUGGAAGGCAGGAGCAGCGUGGUGUGGUCGACCAUCCUCUCGUUCCAUGCGCAGCACAGAAACUGGGAGAGGGUGAAAGAGAUCUACGACAAGACACCCGAGCUCAACGCCACAUCCGCGACCGCCAUGCUGGGCGUCUACUCUCAAACCGGGCAGCUCGAGCAGGCAAAGUCGGAGUUCGACGCGAUGAUCGAGCGGGACAGCGUGAGCUGGAACGCGAUCGUCUCGGCCUACUGCCAGCACGGGAAGCUCUUGCAGGCCAGAGCUAUGGUGGAGAGAUCCCCGCAGCAGUGCUCGGUGUCGCUCAACGCGCUGGUGGCCGCCUACGCGCACGCCGGCCAGCUCGAGCAGGCCGACUCCAUCUUCUUCGCCAAGAUGCCCGAGAAGGAUACAGUGAGCUGGACGUCGAUCAUCCAGGCCUACGCGCAAAACGGCCACACAGACGAAGCGUUUGAUCUCUUCCACCGGAUGCUGCUCGAGGGCGAUGCUCCGGACGAGGUGACGUUCUUCGGGAUCCUCGGGGCUUGCGGACACAACGGGCUCACGGAGCGAGCUCGGGCGUGGUUCGUGGCGAUGAGCGCCGACUUUGGAGUGGUGCCGGUGUUUGAUCACUACUGCUGCUUGAUCAACGUGGUGGGAACCGCCGGGAAGCUGGAGCUGGCGCAAGAGAUGCUGCGGAGCGUCCGGGAUGGAUUGGCCGGGGGUGAGGAUGAAUCCGUGGCGUGGACGACGCUCCUGGCGGCGUCCAAGAUCCAUGGAGAUGUGGAGCUCGCGAGAGCUGCCGCGAAGAACGCUUGCGGGCUUGAGACCCGGGGUUCGUCGCCUUACAUGCUGCUAUCGCAUGUAGAAGCGAUCAAAUCAUGAAAGAGUUUGUGAUAAAAUUCUACUAAAUGAUAGAGUUUUACUUGGAACUUCUAA